AUGUACAACGAUGAAAUAACCUUGAUCUCGCCCGUUGGUACACCUGGCGAUUGGCAGUUCGAUGGCUGUUCAAAUCCAGUCAAGCUAAAACAGUUCGAACAGUACGUGAAGGAUGCCGUUGCGAAUGGAGACCUUGAACUUCAAUUCAGGUUCUCACAAACUCCUCAUGUAUGCCCUCGAUCUUGGCAAUCGACAGAAGACGGUCAAGACGUACUAGAGUAUCAGCUUGGUCAAUGUAUCUCACAAUUAGCUUUCACUAAUCUACCAACAGGACUUCUGCUCCCUCACCGCUUUGCAAGUUUACCGCAGAAUAAAACAAAAAAUAGAGACGAAAAUUUCAUAGCCUAUGACCAUUCGCGAGUGAUUCUCGCCAAACGUUCCUGCAGUGUUGGCUCCCAUUAUAUUAAUGCCAACUACAUUCCGGGCUACCGCAAAGAAAAGGGCUACAUCGCGACGCAAGCUCCGAUGCCAGAAACGGUAGUGGAUUUCUGGAAAAUGAUCUGGCAGGAGGAAGUUUCGGUCGUUUGCAUGCUGAUGAAGAUCACCGAGGGUGGACAGAAAAUAUGCGAACAGUAUUGGCCAGAUAUUGGAAACAUAAUGGAAUAUGGUCACAUUACAAUUGUGAACAUGAAGCAGCGCGUCUACGCCGAUUACACUCACAGAAUUCUCCAAAUUCAGCAUCUUCAAUACACGGGAUGGCCGGAACAAGAAGUACCGAUGUACUGGCACUCCAUCGUCGAAUACUUCAAUGAGCUGAGGGGUCUUUCUGCGGGACCGGGACCCAUAGUCGUUCACUGCGCUACGGGCACUGGCCGAACCGGGACCUUCAUUCUUUGCGACAUCGGUCUCCAUUCUACCGCCGCUGAAGGGACGGUGGACCUGUUCGCAGAGGCCGGCAAUAUGUACAAUGCUCGGGCAAAUAUGUUGGAGAAUUUGCAGCAAUACAUAUUGGCGCACCUACUGCCCAUGCAGUGCUUGCUUACGUUGCCCACGAAACUAAAUUGCAGUGAUGUCUCCGAAGAGGAAAUUGAAAAAAUGAAGAAGGACUCGAGGGUCCAUAUGCGGAGGCUCGGAAUCUCUGUCUGGAAGGAAAAAGCUCUUCGACCUUCGUACGAACCGCUGAAAUCACCGAAUCCGGAUCACUUGUACAAGAAUAGAUUUCCGAAAUUCACACCAGUCGAACAUAGUUUGGUCAGCCUCAAGCGGUAUCCACCUGAUGCAAUUGACAGUGAUUACAUAAGCGCGGUAAGCGUCGAUGGGCUCAGGGUGAAAGGACAGUACCUGGCGUCCCAAUUGCCUCUACCGUGGACCCUUUCCGAUUUCUGGCGACUGGUUGCCGAGAAAAGAACUGAACUCAUCGUAAUCCUACAACGACCCCGACCGGAAGGUCUUGAAUGCGUCGACAUCAUUCCCCGGAAGAAGAGUAUGCACAGACCUGUGCCUCACAUAGAGGUGAAAACUAAGACGUUAAGUCACUCUAACGAACAUUUCACAACCGAUAAACUCCAGCUCACCGACACGUCCGAGGAAGAACCAAGAACGCAGAAUAUCACUGUACUAACCUGCAAGGGUUGGGACCUCUUUGAAAACGGAGAUCCUCCACAGCCUAAAGUGCUGGUCAAACUAUACAUGGCCACGGAAAGGGUUCAACGACCAGAAAGUCCUACCCUCGUUCUCUGUUAUGACGGUGUCACAGGGUGCGGGUUGUACUUGGCUCUGAGCAUUCUGCUGGAACGUAUGUCCGUGGAGCAAGAGUGUGACGUGAUUUCGGCGGUACGUGCGAUUCGCCAAUCCAGGCGAGAGUUCGUUUACUCUAAGGCUCAAUUCGAAUACUUGUACGACGCGGCACUGGAGUUUGUUCGAGACUUUGGAAAUUACUCCAAUAUGGCGUUACGUCCGGCAGUGCCGCGGAUUGCUACUCUCAAAUCUUAACCAUGUGAUCUGAUACUUCUCGUCCUGUCUCUCCAUCUCUCACGUUUUUUUGGACUUGCACCUAGCUGAAAUGUACCUACUCAGCUGUUUGCGAUUCCCCACUUUACUCAGGCGUUCUCCAAACCUCUUUCUUUUUGAUACUUUUCUCGCUCUUCAACUAUGUCUCUUCAGCUGCGCAAUCAGACCUUUUAUUAUAAUCUAUUCCAUAUUCAUAAAUAAAUCAAAUAUGUCAUACACCAUCAAUCCACGAAUGUCUCAUUAAUAUUUUCCUGAGAACCAUCA